AAAUCAACAACCUCAUUCACCACCAAUUGACUGCAGAAUGUCUGCCAGCCUCCCCCCCAACACCACCAUGGUCACCAAUGCCAACGGUGAGGCGAAGCCUCGAAAGCUACGAGCUUCCUGCGAUGCUUGCUCUCGAGCCAAGGUCAAGUGCGAUAAGGUACGCCCAACCUGCCACCGCUGUGGCAACAUGGGUAUCUGCUGCAACUACUCGCCCUCCAUGAGGUAUGUAUUUCCUUAUCUGGGUCAACUUCCAAUGUUCAGGAAACUCAUAUGAGAUUCAGAUUGGGCAAGCCUCGCAAGAACAGGAACCCUGAUGGCACCAUCAUGCGUGAUGUGUCUCCAGCAAGCUCCGUUGGCCCACUCGGUCCCAGGCCGGUCGAUAUGAUCCCUCGCACUGCUACUACCACCACCUACAACGUGGAGAGUUCUCCCGAGCCAACGGACCCAUUCUUCUUCGGCCCUGCUACUCCUGAAUUCCACUACCAAGAUGCCUUCAUGAACAAUGGCUUUGACGGUAGCCAGUCUCCCUACUCCGACACCAACUCAUUCGUUAGCGGCUGGUCGAACGACGAGCAGCUCAUGUUCCAGAGCCCUUCCGAUCUGUUCACCAGCGUCCCCCAGUUCCCUCAAGCACCAUACCACCCGCAUACGCACGCUCCUGCUCAUGGCCGAUCGACGAGCCUGCAGAGCCAGCCUGAGAUGUUCGCUCCCAUGGAGGGUUUGCACUCGCCUCCCAUGGCAAGCCCGCAAUUCUUCGGCAUGCCUGAGCAGCCCAGCCUUCAAGUGUUCAACCCAGAGAAGAUGAUGGCUUCGCCGCCACCGAUGGUUCCCGCUCCUCUCCCCACUCCUCCCUCCUCUGCUACUACUCAGAACCACGAUCACUGCACCAAGUUCGCCUUCGAGACACUGAACAGCCUCUACUCACCACCAGCUUCCCAACCCUGUGCGGGCGACUUCAGCGGUAACCCCAACGGUCUUCCCACCUUGGACACCGUCCUCUCCACUACCAAGUCCGCGAUUGAGAAGCUAUUCGUCUUGCUUGCCUGCCCUUGCUCGUCGAACCCCCACUUCUCCACCACCAUUGCCUUCACCAUUACCAAGGUUCUGUCCUGGUACCAAGCCGUCGCUGGUGUGAGCACCAACGACACCUCGAACACUCAAUUGGAGAACUUCAUCCACACACCCAUGUCCGUGGGUGACUUCCGUCUCGAGUCUGACGACGAGGACACCUUCCGCACCCAGCUUGUCCUCGGGGAGCUUCGCAAGGUUGAGAAGCUCAUUGACAAGUUCUCCGAGCGCUACUGCAAGAACAGCCAGGGAGAGAACGGCAUCGACACCGGUGUCUACACCUCGCUCGAGGCUCUGCUCCGCACUCGCGUACGAGACACUUUCAAGGUCACAAUGAAGACCGCACCUGAAGAGUGCAAGAGGCAGAUCGCCUACAAGACCCAGCAACAGCAGCACCGCCUACGCACCAACACUGUCUAAUUUUCUUCUCUGCUGCGUUUCAGCGACAACCCAUUAUACCAUUCUGUACAUUCGUCGACGACAAUUUAUUCAUCCGUUUUAUUUUCUUCAUGCACCGCCUGUUGAGCCCGCUCAUCACUUCUUUUGACCGAUACCUUUUCGUAUGUCUUGCGCGUUUACGCUAUCAACGUUUGUCGC